AUGGCUCCACAUGGACGCUGUUGCUCUUAUCCCCAGGGACAAAUCUCUUUUUUCCCCACGAUGAUGGCCCUUGCGGGCCUUCUGUGCACUUUCUAUGUCUUGCCCUGGACGCCUGGUGAAUGGUUCUCGGAAGUGCACUUCAUUUGUGUGAAUUUUAAGGACCAGGACUCCAUUGUUGCCUGCCUUCCUUUAUUUUUGGUGAACACCGCCCAUUCCAAGAGCGGCAGCCAAUUCUGGAAGAUUCAAGUUGCCACUGUCUGCGCCAUUUUGGUGGCUGUUAUUGGAUGUAUCACCACAGUCUAUCUCUUUGGAGCCAUUUGCUUCCACCUCAACAAGGGCAUGCUUAAUCGCAUCGCCGCGGCUUAUGGGGCUUGCGCGGCCUUUUCGGCUUCUUCGACCUGGAUUGCCGCAUCGUGGAACCCUUGUGCUGAACUCAGCAGAACCACAAGCUACAGCUGGUCCUGCAGGAGUGAGGUCCGUCUCGGGCAGGGUGCUGUGGCGGAAAUCUUUGCGGCUUUCUUCUUUCUUGCGGCCAUGGUUGCCACUCUUAAGUUUGUUCAUUUGGUGGGAACAGGAAAAAUUCCAGGUGAACCCGAGCCCAGCAGAUCCAUGUCCAGCAGCGAAGAAGUGUUGCCUCUUGUCCAGCAACACAACAACCCCCCUCCUCCUCGUGUGGAAACCCCUCCUGCCUCUCCUAGGCGAUCGUCCCAUGCUCACGCGGAAGCCAAGGAAGCAAAUGCUUGA